UAAUCUAUACACAUUAGCAACAAAUCAUUAAAUCAUCUCUGUCACCGCCCCUCUAUUUUUCUGCUCUCUCAUUUGUAUCCACCCACUUGAACCGGAACCUUUUUCUCGGGAUUCGCAGCCCUCCCUAACGGUCCAUCGCCCUGACAGCCAGCCACAACACCGAUCCUCAUAUCGCUGUGCGCCCGGCCGUCGCCGCUCAUCUCUGCCCGGAGCAGGAUGCGUCUUGUUUGAUGAUGAUGAUGAUGAUGCCUGAGUCAGCGGCGGCAGGACGCUCCGUUAUCCACAUCAGCUGCUACCGGUAGAAGUGACAUUUUCAUCCCGAGUGACAGCCUCUCUCCGCGGACACCCACCGACCGCUGACAGGAUCCAUGGGCGCUGCUAUACGGAUGCACCCUAUGCGCACUGGUGGUGGUGAUCUAUGGUGACCGGCUCGGUGGGGUUGGUGACCCGUCGUAUCAAGCUCCUGUUUCAGCGGAAAGGAUUGAUAGCACGCAAGCUUUCCUCCGGGGGUCGAUAAAGGGGGCGAGAUGGGGAGCACGACCUCUUGCUGCGUGUCUGCCAGCCCCAAGCUCCGCAGAAAUGCCCACUCCAGGCUGGAGUCGUACCACCAGGAGUCGGAGCUGAGCAGGGAGGAGACGGGAUGCAACCUUCAGCACAUCAGCGACAGGGAGAACGUCGACGAGUUGAACAUGGAGUACAAUCCGUCGGACCAUCCGCGGGCCAGCACCAUAUUCCUCAGCAAAUCCCAGAACGAUGAGAUGCCUUACAGGAAUGUGCAAGACAAGCGAAAGAGCCUCUUCAUCAAUAAUCACGGAACGUUGAGGCGGAAAUACAGCUCCUGCUCCACCAUCUUCCUAGACGACAACACAGUCAGCCAGCCCAACCUCAAAUACACCAUCAAAUGUGUAGCACUGGCAAUUUACUACCAUAUAAAAAACAGGGACACAGAUGGAGGAAUGCUGCUGGAUAUAUUUGAUGAAAAGCUUCACCCUCUCUCAAAAUCCGAGGUGCCGCUGGACUACAACCAGCACGACCCAGAGCAGAAGCAGAUCUACCGGUUCGUCAGGACGUUGUUCAGCGCUGCUCAGCUCACUGCUGAGUGUGCCAUCGUCACACUGGUCUACCUGGAGAGGCUCCUGACCUAUGCAGAGAUUGACAUCUGUCCGGGGAACUGGAAGAGGAUUGUUCUGGGUGCUAUCCUGCUGGCCUCUAAGGUCUGGGAUGACCAGGCUGUGUGGAACGUCGACUACUGCCAGAUCCUCAAGGAUAUCACUGUGGAGGACAUGAAUGAAUUGGAGCGGCAGUUCCUGGAACUCUUGCAGUUCAACAUCAACGUGCCGUCCAGUGUCUACGCCAAGUAUUACUUUGACCUGCGGUCGCUUUCGGAGUCCAACAACCUUAGCUUCCCCCUGGAGCCGCUCAGCAGGGACAAGGCCCAAAAACUAGAGGCUAUUUCCAGGCUUUGUGACGACAAGUACAAAGACAUACGGAGAGCUGCCAGGAAGCGCUCUGCCAGCAUGGACAAUCUAUGUGGAAUCAGAUGGGUUCCUGCAAUUCUCUCCUAACCACUAACAAACUGCCAUAUACUGAACACUUGCAUCAGGCUACAGACACUAACCACAUGAAAAAAAACAAAAAAAAAAACAAACAAAAAAAACUCUACAUGGUUCUGUGCUGAGUUCAAGAACUUUGGUUUGGAUACCCAGAUAAUGCCAAGACCUGGAUCUUAGUGGAACAGUGACUGAAACCUGAAAUCAGCCUCUGGACCCCACACCUUCAAACUGGAGGCAAGAAACUGAAACCACAUCUGUAGUUUUGGGAGAUGAGCUGAACUCCAGAGUGAUUUCUAACCUUACCUGAUGCCUUCACAGUGCCUCAAAGCAGCUAUGAAAGAGAGAAAGGAGUUCCUGGUUGUUCUAUCAACUAUGGAGAAAAAUCCAGCUCUGGACCAUGAAGGACGUCCUGAAACUAGACAGAGCCUUGAAACUUCUUCAGAUGGCAGUUUGAACCUGCCUUAAUGUAAAGACUCUGUUCAGUUUUCUGGUUUUGUCUGACUAAUCUGGUUGACAUAACCCGCCUCUCAGAUGGCCCUGGAACCUUUCAAUGAAGCAUAUUAUUUAUUUUUACCUUAUUAUUUCCACUUUUCAACAGUUGCAGCUGCCUGAUCCCUAACUGCAGAAUUUCAAAAACAGUAGCAUAGCACUGGAAUUUGUACCGAUUAUUUAUUUCCUUUUGACAGGUCUUAGAAUAAUAAAAGUGUUAGCAAGUUUUCUUCUCUGGAAAUCUUUGUAUUUAAGGUUUACAGUAUUUCUAGUGUACCUCUUGAUACUCAGGUAGUCUGUUUUAGUAUGUUAACUGAUUUUGAUGCUCCUCAUUUGAGUUAUACUGAAGGUUGAAACACAAAUUAUGAUAAGUGAGAAGCAAACAGCAGAUGAAAGGGGCUAGAUUUCCCAUAGAUAUAUGUGCGACCAGUACAGUCCUAUUUCAGGGACAUGCACAAUCAAACACUUACAACCACAAUACUGUAUAAGAUGAAAUAUAUACUAGAGCAUGUUUUUCCUGAGGUUCUCAUUCACUAUUCAUCAGGUUUUGGUUGUAUCUUAACAUCACUUUGUUAAGAGGUUUCAGCAGUUAAUACUAAAACAUGAAUAUUCCUCAAGCCAAGUUGGAUUGUAGGUGCCCCACAUAGGCUUUGAGUAGAAUGAGUGCACCUCUACGCUGACAUCUAGUGGACAUUUGAGCAUUACAGAAAAACUACCAAUUCAGAGUUUGAUGAUUUUAAAGGGUCAGUUCACCCAAAAUUCCAAAUUCUUAAUGGUAUUUACUGGAGUAGAAUGUUUUUACUUUCAUCGGGGCUAUUCAUCAGUAGAAAGUAGUUCCAAUGAAAACAUUUUACAGUGAAAACGGUGAUGGUCAGAGAGAGACAUCUCAAAUAAAUCCAAAAACAACCUGCGAGAUCAGAGGCCACUAGAUGUAAAUGAGAAAAUAUGUCUGAACUGAAUUGACAAGGCACAAUGUGAAGGUAAGAAUUGGGGCUGCUGAUUGGAAACAGAUGCAGGGUUAUUUUUGCACUUUACAAAUGUAUUUAGCACCAAACUCCAACACCAAACCUCAAUUUUACAGUUAAAUAAACUAAAAGUUCAACCUCAAACCAACAGAAUAAUCGCAGCCAACAGCCGGGUAAACAGGACUGACAAGCAUACUCUGCAGGUGGUGCUAGUGCAUAUAGAGGGUGCGAGGAGGCCACGCAGCACUGCUUUGUUUUUAUUUAUUCAGUAUUGUAGAGCCAGAUAACACAUUACAUCCAUAGUACAGUACAUUUGGAAAAUGUUCAAUAAAAAAACCUCCAGUCUCAUAAGUGUCAUGCUCAAUGGCUGCUACCCCAGACUCUUUUAUUUCCUGGCUGAUGCCUUCACAUUGCUAUCAUAAAGAACAGGACACUAAUACUUUGCUAAGGAAAAGGGAACAAAAUGAUCUUUUCAACAGCAGCCUUAACCAAAGAAAACUGUACAAAUGUGGGUGUUAUCACAUUGUAAGGCCUCUGUAAAGAAGUUGUCACAUGUAUGAUCACCACAAUCACUAGGGCGUGACCAACAGCAACAAUCUAUCCUGGAUUAAAGCAUUAGCCAUGGUGUAUGCUCCAAUUUUCAAAAAAGGUCAGAAUCAAUAAAAGUGUUGGUGUUGCUUUAGCACAAAGAUGUACAUUAAUUGCCUUUACAUUUCAGAGAUAUUCUUUUGGGUAUUUUGGUAUGUAAACCAAACUGAAAUCUGAAAAUUAUAAAUCAUUUUAGUGCACUUGUACUCGUUUAAAGAUUUCUUUUUGGGCAUUUUGCCUUUAUUCACAGGGAUAGUGGAGAUUGACAGGGAAGAGAAAGAGAGAGAGGGGAUGACGUGCAGCAAAGAGCCCAGGUUGCAUUUGAAACCAGGCCCCUGAAAAUAAAGACUGAACCUUGAUAUGGUAUGAGCUUAACCAGGUGCGCUACAGGUGCACCCCAUUGCACUUGCACUCUUUUCAAUCUCAGUAUAUUCAAUAAACCCCGACUGUUGAGCCAAGAAUUUCACAGUAUAGAAACUAUUUCCAUUGUGCAUCUAAUUUCAAACUAACUGCUACUCUCAAAUAACUGAUCAGGGUUUCAUGGUUUUGUUUUUCUCAUUUGUCAUUUGAAAACUGAACCACUACAGUUAUUUUGCAAAUGAACUUUGUACAGUGUAUAAAGAGUUCAGAAACUGA